GGCUAAAGAAUAAGAGGGACAACGUUUGCAGCCUUCUGAAGUGACAUGGUGUUAUUCUGUAUGGGCAGGGUCCUGAAGCCUUCUGGUGUGAUGGUGCUCCAGGGCAGACAGAGUUUGCAGUGGACGAGCCUGGGCAGUCUUCUGAGUGAGCAGCUGAAAGUUUGUGGAGAUUUUGAUGAUACAAAUGAAAGGCACCUUGUCCAUGCACCAGAGCAGCUCACAGUGCUUUGCUGGAAACUGCAGACGGAGGCAGAUUGUACAAUGCUGGACAGUUUCCAAGGCAUUUCCUUCAGUGCACCUGUGCUCCAGGUGCUGUUAAACCACAGUGAGUGUGCAGGGCUCAGCCCGGGCCUGUGGAGAGCUGUCGAUGUCUCAGUGUGGCUUUGGCAGCGUUUGGGACAGGAGCUGGUUUUGCUCUGCACUCAGAGGAGAAGGUCCACACGCUCUGCACCGCUGGGUCCUGCUGAACAAGAGACUUGUUCUUUCAGAAAAAGAAUCAAAUAUUCUGUUGGGGUCAGCUUCUGCACUCAGGUGUCAGUUGAACAAUGUAGCUCAGGGCAGUGUGGGGAAAUAUGCCUGGGUCAAUUCAGUAGAAGCUUGAGGAAAAAGCUCUGCUCAAGGGAGUUAAUUCAGACAGUCCAGCUAACCUGGCUCCACUGUUUGCUGAACUUGUCUCUGAUCCUAUGUGGUUUCCUCCAUGGCUGCCUUCAAGCCUGGUUCACUUCUGCUAGAACAUGCUGUACUUGGAGAAAAGAGGGAUGUCCAGGUACAACUUCCCUUUUUAGCUUUAAAUUGUCUGGCAUAAGAAUGAAGAAAUCUGAAUCAGACCAGCUGAAGCAAAGCCUUUUCUGCAGCCUUAUAAAAACACAGGAGUGACUUAAGAGAAGCUUCACCAGUACUGGUCUCAGCACAGACUAAGGAAGCCUCGGAGCUUUCCCUCGCAUUCUGGGCUGGCUGCUGCCUGCCUUCAGCUGUGAACCAGACAUGGGGUUCCAGCCCUACAGCACUGAACCCCCAAGUUGCUGCAACUGAGCUGGAUUUUACAGGGACUCCAGCAGUGACCUGCUCCAUGGAAUGGUUCUUGGCAGAGCCAACACUUGUGUAUGGUUGAAUAAGAAAACUGAUCCAGGUGAAUGUGCUUACAACAGGCACUGCAGAAUCAGCUGAAUCUUUCCUGGGUAAUAUUAAAUAGUUUCCACAGGAUUUACUCUCCAAACACAUAUAUUGGAAGUGUGUGGCAGAUCUGGGAUGACAGUGAAAGAGAAACAUCUCCCUCCUCCUCUGCCAGGCAGAAAGGCAGGUAUUUAAUAAGCUAUGUCACUGAUAAAGCUAAUUUGGUACCUGUCUGUAUCUGUAUUUAUUAGACAACAUUUUUCUUUUAUCCUUAAUUUUCAUAGUGUGAUUACAGAUUUGUGUUCACAACAGUGAGUGAACAUUAAAUUUACGGCUUUCAUCAGCCCAGAAUCAUUACAGCUGGAAAGACCUUCAGCCAUGACAAAUCAUUAUAUGGAGAAAAAGAAAAUGAAAAAAAAAACAACAGUUACAGGAAAAGUUACUGUCAGAUUAUGCUCCUCAUUGUCAUUUACUUAUUCCAACACUUGUCUGUUUUAAAACAUCUUGAGAGUCUACAGUGGUGCUUUAGAAAAGAAAAAUCAUCAGAGUAAGAUUACAGUAGUUAAUUUCAUUAUUCCUGUUGUGUGAUAAUUUGCUUUUAGAGCAUAUGACUAUAACAAUGUAGUCUCAUGAUGCAUUUGAAAAAGGCAGUAGGAAUUCUGCUUUCAACUAUUUAGUGUGGUGAAACCACCACAGGAAUAUCUGUGAAUCCCCAAGUCACCAUUUUCAAAGUUAGGAAUGUUUUUAUUACUAUUAUUAUCUUAUGAACAUUUCUAUGUUGCCAAGAUCUGUAGCAAUGUGUGGGCACAAAGGCUGGGAAACAAAACUCUGGUUGAAGCAAACAUCCUUCUUUAGAAAGAAAGAAAGAAAUGGUGAAUAUUUAGAAACAGUGCAGAUCAUAGUGUUGGACAAUUUGGUUAUUCCUACUGAAUGUGAUCCUGCACAAACACAAACACAGGAAGCAUCAAGGAGCAUGACAAACUUUUACAGAGCCAUUAUCACAGAAUCAGAGAAUCACUGAAGUUGGAAGAGACCUCCAAGACCAUGAAGUCCAACCUUAGGCUUUCUGUUCGUGUGGAGAGUUAACUCCCCCUUCUCAUGCCAAUCAGACAAAUUUUUGCUCUUCAGUUUCUUAGACUAACUGCAGCUUAGUCAUGGUGAGUGAGAAACUAUUUUAACCUGUAGGUAAAAGUAAGCCUGAUUGUUGUCUGAUUCUUGUGGUCAUUACAGGGAAAACAAGCAUCCAAUUCUAUCUACAGUCAUAGUUAUUAUACAAUAUAUACUUUCUUUGCAUUUACAAUACUCUUUUUCCAUUGCUUUGAGCUUAAAAUUAUAUCCAACUGUCUAUUGAUUAUGGAUUGGAAAUGUGGAAAAAAAAUAGGCCAAAUAUCAAUCUAAUUAUAUUCCAGAGAUUUCUGAUUUGCCAACAGGGUGAUUUUAACUAAAAGUUAAUGAUGCAGUUAUAGCUGUAAGGCUGGAGAUCAUAAUAGAUGAGGAUCUAGUUCUUUUAAACGAGGCAUUAAAGGAUAAUGAAAAGUUUUCAGUCACUUUUCCUUAAGUUUAAUUCCCAGUGGCUACAUUUCUAACAAUACUGGUGUGCAAAUAUAGGCAUGGUAAUGUGUGCACAGAAAUGAACACAGACCUCAGGCUGAAAUCAUGAUGAAAAUCAGAAAAUUUAAUUUGUGGUUCAGAAUUUAUCACUACUUAUGGCUACAACUUAAUUAUUUUUUUCCUCCUGAAGAUACAAUGAAGGUAUGUGUUAAAGAAAAGCAAAAAACACCUAGAAGUAAGUAACAAUUUUCUGCCUCGAUCGAUAUUGCUAAUUUUUUUCUUUUUGAGAGGAGGAAAAAAGAACUCUACUGCCUGCAUAUGAGUUUUAUAGCUAUUUUCACAUUUGUAGUAUAUGAGUUACUAACAGCAAUCUCAGUUUUAAUAUGGAACCAGCUUAGGAAAUCAUUCCUCAAAAAUAAUCUUGGGGCAAGCUUCAAAACUCAUGCUUUAUGCUUUUUAUACUGGGAGUCACAUAUUGUACUUCAGAAGUAAAGGCAAUUGAUUUCCAGCUUUACUGUCCAAUUAAAAACUUUCUGAUUCUUACGAGCUGGAGCAGGGUAAUUCAUUAGACCUGUAAAUUGUAUUCUUUCCCAAUGACAUGAAGUGGCAGGUAGGUAAUUUUUUACAAAUGCUCAUUACAUUCAGAAGAAAUCUAGUAAAGAUUACUAUUAUGCAAAAAUUUGCAGUUUUCAGAAGGAAGAAAACAUUCAGCUUGGAACAAGAUGUGUGCAGUGCUCCUACAAAUAACCCUGGUGCUCAGUGUGCACCCAGAGCUCAGGGAUUGUUCUUCCUGUGCAGUCACAAGCCCCUAAAGGAACUGCCCUCAGAAACCAACUUCAUGAAGACUGUAUGAAAGUCUCCAGUCUUUUAUCUGAAAACCAACCCGUGCUUGUUGGGCAUUCCAGCAGAGAGCAGGAAAGACAAAGAGUGUACCUUGAUAGUAAGGAGUGCCACGUCCAUUAUUGCACACUGCCUCAGGGUCAGGCUUUUGGCUUCCUCGCGGAUCACAUGGUCCUGCAUGCAAGAGAAGAGUGCACUUGGUUUGAGAGAGAGACAGUAUUGUGAAUAUCUGUUCUUUGCAAAACAAACAAACAUCCACCAAAUGCCCCCCAAGGACUAUGAUUAACAGGGAUUAAUUCAGAAUCCUUUCACAACAAAUUAUAGCCUAGAGCAAUUGUGUUGUUUCCUGAAAACACAGACUGUAGAGAACCAGAUUCACUGGUUAAUACUGAGCAUUACUUAUUUUCCUAGGAUGCAUUAUUUCUCUGUUUUGGGGGAUGGGAGAAAGGUUAAAAUUUAACUUAAAAUAUAUAUUAGAUUAUAUAGAAGUAAUUAAUUUUAAUAAUAAACCUGACAGUUUAACAGAUGUUUGUUAAUGCUCUAUGUUUAAAAAAAAGAGGUGUUCCUAUAGAACAUGUUAGACAUAGAAUGACUACAACUCCUGUUAAAUCUUUGUCUAAAUAAGCAGUCAGUGAUUUACUUAGGUGAUAUUUGAACUCCUCUAGCAAACUGAAGAAUCAUUCAUAGAGGCCCCAAAUACCACAUUUCUGUAGAAAUCUGAAAUCCUAAUGGCAGAACUGGCUGGCAAACAGCUGACAUCAGUAUCAAACAUCUCUGCUGUCCAUCAAGUGGACUCCAGCACUGAAGUGCUGAAGACUUUACUGCAGAGGUACAUACUAUGUUUCAAUGCACACAGAUAGUCCACAGGAAGAAAACUGCUGGUAUUCAUGCCUUAAGGGCUUUUCCAGAAGCAAAGAUUUUUUUUUUCUUUUUGUGAUGUGUAAUGCUUAUAAGGCCUGGUUGUGCCAUAUGGGGAUAAUGGCUUCUUGACCUAUGUAGUGAUCACUUACCAUAUAAGCAUAAAGUCUUCUAUUCAUAACUUGGUUUUGAUGAAACUGUACAAUAAUUAUUCACCUCUGAGUAGUUACUGUCAUAUUCAAUCUUAUUAUACUACAUAAGAACAACAGUGAGGCAUAAGGUUUGGCCUCACAGUCAUUAAUAUUUCCUCUUUUUUUUUGUUAGUGCAAACCAGUCACAGCUUCAUCUGGCUCCAUUACCUUGAGUUUUGACAGCUGUCCAAGAUCUUUGGCUGCACUGAAUAUCAUCUGGGGCCCCUGUAAUCACAUUGAAAAUUAAGGAAACAGACUCAUGACAGCAUGUUUGCUUUUUAUGUCAACACAAUCUUAUUUUCUGCUAGGACAUUGGCCAAAGUCAUGGUUUUGCAAAGCUAAAUAAAAGUUUCAGUUGCACAGGAGACACAUUUUCAUUCAGUUGAUAAGGCCAAGUGCUUGAAUGCCUGCAGUGAGAUUCCCUCCAGUAUUCUAUAGCUGAUACAAAUAUUGCACUUUCUGCUGAGAGUGGUUUUGUGUUCUCCUUUCUGCUGUCUCAUUUUGUGUUUAAUACAAAAACUAAGGCUGUGAUUGCUCUCAGUGUGUGUCAGUGAGAUGUCUGUCCAUAACUGCAACUCUCUGGUGCUGUGCUAACAUGAACAAUCAUGCUGGGAAAUUUGCAGCCCUGAGGAACCUGCAAAAGCCAGUGUAGGGGGAAUCCUCAGCUGAGUAAAGCAAUGGUGCUUUUUAAAAGAAAAGAUAUUGAAAUGUUAUGAAGUUAAAGCAAUAUUUCACCAUAUCCAAAUCCUGGCAUGACACCAAAGGCCAAUGCCUACACAUUUGUCUCAGACAAACAGAAUCCUACUGUAAUUCCAUGCUCACAUCCUUUACCACAAUUACUCCAAGCAACAUAAUUACCAGUGCAGGUUACAUGGCAGCUCAGGAAGACAUAGUUCUGAUUAUGUGGAUUUCAUAAAAAAAGUUUAAUCCAACUUACACUGGACUAGUUUUUCAUUAGACUUUCUGUUCCAAAGAGUUUCAUUUUCCAGAAAUAAUUUUGCUUCCUAUAUGCUUCAAUUUUAGAAAAUGUGAUAUAUAACUGCAGUUUAAGUCUUCAUUAUUUUUUAGUAGCAAGAAUGGUAAGAUAAAUAUGUGUAUAUAUAUACACAUAUAUACAAAUAUACAUAUAUACACAUAUAUACAAAUAUACAUAUACAUACAUAUAUGAAAAAAUAAACCCCCUUUCUGAAUGCCUGUGCCUCUUAACCUCAAACAGAAAGAAAUAUUCAGGGCUAGAAAAUCUUUCACAGUAUCCUACUUUUCAGUGAUUUUCUUCAAUUAUGUGUUCAAUAGUACACAAAAAUAUCAAAAUAAAUAGAAUAGUUCACAAUGCCUACCAGAAACACUCUAUAUAGAGGGUACCACUAAGGAAACUCCCCUUUGAACAGAUUGUCCUAUGAAUAAUUGGUCCUGCAUAAAACUAAUAAAUGCAGGAAAAUGCAGUUACCCAAUUGAAAUGCUGCCUAUGUAUUUGCAGAUAAAAUUUGCACCAAAAAGUUUGAAAAGCAAAUUAAAGAUCUCAGAAAUGUAAAUUUGAAGUUUACUGAA